AUGGGUCUACAGGUGGACAGCCCAGACAGAAAAGAUGAUGCACUAAAAUAUGAUCAGCAGGGAGAAGGAGAGGGUGGUGAAAGCCAAGCGGAAGCCUGCACCCGCACCCCGCCACCCAUUAACAAAAAGAGGAAGAAAAACAAGAAGAGGUGGAUCAACAUCACCAACUGCAAAUAUGAAAGUGUGCGGCGUGCUGCUCGCAGAUACGGCCUCAGAGAGGCAGCGGAGGGGGACGACUGGACACUGUUCUGGACCGACUGCUCUGUGUCUCUAGACCGGGUUAAGGACAUGAAGCGAUACCAGAAAAUAAACCAUUUCCCAGGGAUGAGUGAGAUCUGCCGGAAAGAUUUACUGGCAAGAAACAUGAACCGUAUGCUCAAGCUUUUCCCCAAAGACUACAAUAUCUUCCCCAGAACAUGGUGCCUUCCUGCAGAUUACAGUGACUUCCAAGCUUACACCAGGGCCAAAAAAAGCAAGACGUAUAUCUGUAAGCCAGAUACCGGUUGCCAAGGCAAAGGCAUCAUCAUCACCAAGUCAAGUAAAGACAUUCAACCUGGAGAACACAUGAUCUGCCAGGUUUACGUCUCCAAGCCUUACAUAAUCGACGGAUUCAAGUUUGACUUGCGUAUAUACGUCCUGGUGACGUCAUGUGACCCUUUCAGCAUAUUCAUGUUCAAGGAGGGACUGACUCGCUUCUGCACCACCAAGUACAACGAACCAACACAAAGCAAUGUGGAGGAUGUGUGCAUGCAUCUCACCAACUACGCCAUCAACAAGAACAGCGAAAACUUUGUGCGUGACGAGGACAAGGGCAGCAAACGUAAGCUUUCCACCCUGACAAAGCUCCUGGAGUCCAUCAACUGCAACACAGACAAGAUGUGGCACGACAUUGAGGAUGUGAUCAUAAAGACUCUGAUCUCUGCUCAUCCAAUCCUAAAGCAUAAUUACCACACCUGCUUCCCGAACCACACCACGGGCAGCGCCUGCUUCGAGAUCCUGGGUUUCGAUGUUCUGCUGGACCACCGGCUCAGACCCUGGGUGCUGGAGGUGAAUCACUCCCCAAGUUUUACCACCGACUCGCAGCUGGACCGCGAGGUGAAGGACGCGCUACUCUACGACACGCUGGUUCUCAUCAACCUGGGUGCCUGCGACCGCCGCAAGAUCACCAAAGAGGAGCGGCGCAGGGUGAAGGACAGGCUGCAGCAAAACAGCACCAGAGAGGCCAGGUCGGAGGAGAUGCGACAGUGCCAGGCAGCCACGGUGGAGCAGAUGGAGAGGUACGAGGCCAAACACCUGGGAGGCUUCAAGAGGAUCUACCCCAGAGAAGGAGGGGAGAAAUACGACAAGUACUUCAAACACAGCAGCUCGCUCUUCCAGGAGACCGCAGCCUCCAAGGCCAGAGAGGAGUGUGCCAGGCAACAACUGCAAGAGCUGCGUCUGAAGCAGGAGCAGAGGGACAGAGACCAGAGGGGGGGCAGGAGGAGAGACCUGCAGGGGGAGACUGCGGGGGAGACAGUCAGACCCCGAAGAGAACAACCCCCCGACUCCAACAGUGACUGUGACCUGCAGCCAGUGAGGCGCUCCUAUCAUUUCCCUCAGUCCAGUGCGUCAGUGGAUCUUGAAGCUGCAGAAGGCCAAGAAGAGGAGGAGGAUGAGGAGGAGGAAGACCCGGAGGAGCAGGAGCGAGUCGGCGCGCUGCUCCAGAGGAAGAAAUUGCUCCAUGAUCUCGGGGUGGUGGACCAGAUCGGCCAGCUGCUGCAGGGCCGGGGGGACACAGGGGGGGUCCCACAGGACGCCUCUACCCAGCCGCAGAUUAGACAGCCUCAUCAGAGACAACACGCCAAGUUGGAGUCUUUGAUGCAGUUUCCUUUAAGAACAAAGCAGCAGCUCUGCACGCAGGUCUCACGGCAGCAGAACCUGCACUCCCACAUGACUCAGCAGCGCCUGCUCAGGCCCGCAUGCAUGGAGUCUGAGCCGGGGAGCCAGCACAGAGGAGAGGAGGAGAUGCAGCGGAGCCUCAGCGCCCAGCGGACACUCUGGCCAGCGGGGGGCUCUCUCUCUGGGAGGCAGGACUACAGGAGCAGCUCCCCCACUUGCUCGCGGUCCCGUCCCAGCGUCCCCAUCAUAAACCACCACGUCCCCAAAGCCGCCCUGCGCUGCUCCUACGUGUCCCACGACCCCUCCGCCCUGCAGAGCCUGCUCGUCAUUUCCACCCGGGCCCCCUUGGUCAGGAGGCCUGGCUUCUCUCACAUGGUCCGCAAAUCCUCGCGCAUAGCCCCCCCCCAGCAGGAGCACGGUAAAGGGCAGUGAGGGGAACCACAGCAACCUGCAGUGGGAUGUAAAGUUCUGCAGAGGAGGAGUGGAGGUAGAGAAACUGUGAAACACAUUGAUACUUUAUAGAUUUGAUAUCUGGACUCCUGCAGUUUACUCUGCUUGCCACUCAAUAAGCUCCUGCACUGCAGACAACACCAUUAUGGCUUUUUCACUUUUUCUACCCACUGUGUGUGCUCACAUAUGUGUAACAUUUUGCUCCGGGGAUGAAUUUAUCUCAAAUAAACCUGACCUACAGUGCCAAAAUAAAAGCAGACAAGCCUGAUUUAACAGCAUGUGUCAUCCAAAUCCUCUGGAAAAAUGGACCAGAAUCUAAUAAAGUCAGUAGUUAUAGGGGUUGAUGAGCAUGAAUGUGCUUAAUGAAACCAAAUGGAUAUUAUAAACACCACUAAAACCAUAUCUCAAGAUUAACUGAGGGAUAUAAAAAAAUUAAGGCCUUCUGCUCUUUUCUCAAGGACAUUUUUCAUGAGCAGUCAAGUUUAGAUUUUUUUUGCACUAUUGGUUAACAAAAUAUUUGAUCUUUUUUUAUAUAUUUUUAUAAAUCACCUUCUUGUUUAAUUCAAUUU